AUGACACAAGUGACACUCAUUGUAUUGCAGCAUGGCCUCUGGGGGAACAAGAACCACAUGCGCUUCAUUCGAAAGGCAAUUGAAGAAGCGUGCGAUGCCUCUGAUGCAAUCGAUAUCCUCAAUGUCGAUAUUAACGAAGGGAAAUAUACAUAUGACGGCAUAGAUGUGUGUGGAGAGCGACUAGCACAAAAGAUUCGUGAUCGGGUGGAUGAGUUGGAUAACAACAAGGAUACCCAAGUCGAAGGAGUGAUCAUGGUGGGAUAUUCUCUUGGCGGAUUGAUGCUUCGUUAUGCAAUCGGUGUCCUGGGCAAAUCCGGUUUCUUUGACAACAUCAAACCCUUGCUAUAUGUCACCUUUGCUACACCCCAUCUUGGCGUCAGACGCGAACCCAAGUCGACAUUCCUCAAGUUUUAUAACUAUAUCACUGGUCAUAUCCUGUCAAGAACGGGUGAACAGCUCCAGCUGCUAGAUGAUUACCAAGAUGGAUCACCUAUUUUAAGCGUGUUAGCAGAUCCAAAACGAGAAUUUCAUCAGUACCUAUCACGAUUCAAGCAAAGGCGCACCUAUGCCAACGUGGCCAAUGAUCGCACCGUACCUUAUUGGACAGCAGCAAUGGAAAUUACCAACCAUUUUGAGAUCAUGAAGGAUUUGGAUAUAUCGGUGGAUUCAACCUAUUCAUCCAUCAUUACGGCGUUUGACCUAUUACAGCAUGAUGAGGAUAAGAAUGAUGAUAGCACAAUGACAGCGACAACAACAAGAAGCGUCCACCCUAGCAAGAAACGAAAACGAUCCAAGGAUGGUAUCCUAGUCAAAUGUCUUCUCGUGAUCUUUUCGCCUUUAUUACCGGUGGUUGCUCUGCUUGCAUUCCUUUAUAUCGGGUCGCAAGGUUUAAUGUCACGGCUACGUGUAGCACGACUUUUAGCCGCAUCAUCAUCAAAGAAAACGCAACAAUUGAUUCAAUCAGAGACCAUCCGCCGUAGCAGCAAGAGUAAUCACAGCACUAUUUUGGAGGAAGAGAAUCAGGAAAUUUUGGUCGAUACCUUGGAUGCAACCAACAUACCCACCAACCCCAGCCCAGCAGUGAACAUGCAUCAAGAAACCACCAAGAAACGCUCCAGCUUGUACAAUGUCAUGCCUUCCGAAAGAAUCACCAAAGUUGUUCAACCCAUGGCGUUGUCAGCACACCAGAUACAGAUCCAAAAACACCUUGAUCAGCUUGAGUGGGAACGUGUGCUUGUCUAUAUCCGAGGAUUCAAUGCUCAUGCCAGUAUUGUAUGCCGAGAACGACGAUUCGUGAACGAUGGUGGUCGUGCAGCGAUCCAGCAUUUUGUUGAUACCCUGUUUGCAGCAUGCUGA